UCCUAAUAAAAUUCCUAUCAAAAAGGUAACAGAUAAUUACACACAGUCAAAAGUAAAAAAAGAUGGGUCGGGGUAAUGGAUGGUGUUAAAUUUGAAUUCAAUGAUAUAAUAUCAUAGUAUAAGAAAAACUAAGUAUAUUAAUUGAUUUUAUUAUUGUAAACAAAAUAAUUUAUUGACUUAUUAACUUGAAACUUUGUUUUCAAUUUUCAAUACUUAGCUAUAAAAGUUGAAUAUUUUAUACAUUAAUUUUAAUUACAAAAUAAUUUUUAAUGAUAUAAAUUUGGUCGAAAUUUGAACUUUAAAUGUUUAUAAAAAAAUUUGUGCUAUGUAUUUUUAAUAUUUUCGACUGUUAUAGUAACAAUAUAUCAGGAGCCUUCUAUUAAAUUUCCACCCUUUUUGACCCAACAAAUCAAAUAUUGACAAAUAUAGAAAAAAAACUAAAAAAAUUGAAAAUGUUCGUAAAUAGCUCAAAACAUCGUCGAAAUAUUUUGAAAAUUUUAUCAAGUAUAGGAAUUGAUAAAAUAAACAUAAGGUGUACAUUUCAAGUAUAUUUAUUAUUAAACUAGUAUUUACAUUUAAAAAGAAAAAAAUUUUAUAUUCUUCUAAUUCAAAAUAAUUUACAAAUUUUCGUGAUUUUUACAUAUUUUGUCAAAAUUUGAACUAUAAAUUGUGAUAGUAUUUUGAAUAUUUUUUAACUGCCAUUGUAACAAUAUAUUACAAUUUCCAACUUUUUGCCAAACGAAUAAAAUUUAAUUGACAUUUAUAGAAAAAAAAACUAAAAAAUUGGAAACUGAAUAUGUUCGUAAACCGAUCAAAACAAGUUAAAAUAUUAUGAAAAUUUGAUUGUGUAUGGAAAAUGCUAAUAUAAACAUUCAGUGAAUAUGUCGUGUAUUUACGGUUAUUUGUUGCAUGGUUAAACCAAAAUCGAUUUUACAUAAAAUUCCCGUUUUUCCUUAAAUUUAUAUUUUUUUUUGUUUUUCUCGGCGCUUUUGAAAACUUUUGUGAAUUUUAAAUUUUGACCUCCUGAAACACCCCACUAUAUUCACUUUUCCAUCGAACAAGAUACUGUUGAAGAAAAUCGAAGCAGUUUUAAAGCCCCCCAAACGGCGAUUGCAGACAAAAAAAAUAAUAAUAAAAAAAAAAAAAAACACAUCAAUGUAAAAUCAAUACAUUCAUCGCUCCGCUCACAAUCAAAAAAUGCGUCAUUCACGUAAAACAAUUAAUAACGUGUUUUGUGUGUGAAUCUAAUGUUUGAAAAUAUUAAGUAACAUUAAUAUAUUUUAUGAAUAAAAGAAAUCGGUACUAGGUACUGCUACAAGUACAAUAUUGUACAAAGUUAAGAUCAAUUAAGUACGAAGCAGUCGAUGCACUCGAUUUCAGUUUUUUAUGUGCUAAUGUGAUUUUUAUAGUUCCGUGUUUGUACCUUUAACUAAGUGAACUAUUGUAGUAUUGUCUUAUUAUGUGGUAUUAGUAAACAAUAAACAUUCAAUGUUUUGGUCAUUGACUUGCGGUCUGCGAUGCUAUCAAUUAUUAUUUAUUAUCAGUGUUUUCUUUUAACAUUGAUAAGAUUAACGAUUUUUUUGUACCAUGUACAAGAACGCGAUACGAAUUUGGUACGACGAGUGAGGACCGAGGACAAAAGUCAAUAAUACUCAAUCGCUAUGAAUUCUCAUUUAUUCAGUCUUCCUAUUUUGUACAACUUAAAACAAUUUAAAACGUAAUUUUACGAAUAAUAAAAUAUUUCCAUAUACAGAAAUAUACCUAUGUAAACAAAAAAAGACUAAACAUAGACUGUCUUUUGAAACCUCAUCUAGUCAUAAACUUAACACAAAUGUAAUAAAAUUUAUAAUUUAUGAUAUUUAAACCCCGAGAAUUCGAUGAAAAGAAUUGUUGACAUAGGCUAGUUGCAAAACUGUUGGCAAAAUGGCAAGUAAUUACAAUCAAGAUGGGCAAAUUCCAAUUCCACCUCGUAGAACACGCUCGAGUACUUCGGAUAAAAUACCCUAUGUGGUUGAUGUGGUGGCCGAAAGAUGUAUUGUGCCGGCUAUGGAGAGAAUGUCACGAAGGGAGCUCAAUAUGGUUGAAAGUAUAUCACCUUUAGAUCGCCUAAGAAAUAAUGUAGACAUGUCAGAAAAUGUUGCUAGAAUGGCAUCACAUCUCAAACAGUUGGAGAAAAAAAGGGAUGAAUUACAAAGACAAUGUACAGCCAUUGAGACUAUGAAUAGGCAAAGUGAAGUAAAUCGAUUAAUCGAUAAAAACAAAGAACUGAAACAAGAUGUUUUUGUAUUAAAAAAUCUAACUUAUAGGUUGAAUAGAGAAUUGGAAAAAUGUCAAGAUAAACUGCUAUCAAAAGAUCAAUUUCCAGAAUCUGGGGGUUACAUGCGAGUACAAGAUCCCAAAAAUAUAAGCUGGCGCAGGGAAGAUAUUAAUGCAGUAUCACCGUUGUUAGAAGCAUACCAAACAUCUUUAGAAGAGAAAGAUGUUACUAUUGAAAGCUACAAAAAUGAACUUGCUCGAUUUUCUUCUAGAAGUAGAGAAAUUGCUGCUGAAAAUGAAAAUCUUUAUCAACAGCUUGAAGAAGCAAAUGAAAAAGUCGAAGUUACAUAUGGAGAAUGGAAAUCAGUGGAGUCCGAAGUAGCAAUGCUAAAAGAACAUAAUGAGUUAUUGGUCAGGCAAGCCAAAUUACAUCAAGCGAAGUUACAAGACUUACUUCGUUCAUACCAGUCAAGAGUUACUGAAUUGAAUGGCGAACGAGACCAUCUAUCUGAGAAAUAUGAGAAUGCCCGUAUAGAGCUUCUUCAUUUGCAAGGUCGUGUGUCCUCAUUAGCUGGAGACUUGAAUCGCAUGAAAACCGAAGAUGAUAAUAAAAUUCCAAUUGCUGUGCACACUUCUGCCGUGAACGAGUGUCGGAGACUUUUCGAAGAACUCAAGUGUCGUUACGAUGACGAACGUGAUACGUUGAUGCGAAGGUUGAUAUCUUUCGAAGAGGAAAGGCCUACACUCGACAUCAGGAUCGUUACUCUGACCACCGAAUUAAAUCAACAGCGGUCCAUCAACAAAGCUUUGGAUUUACAGUGCUCGCAGUUAAAAGCGAAAUGUGAUGCGUUGGAGAAACACCUGUUCGAUUGUGAGUCGGAGAAAAAUACCAACAAGAAACAGUUGGCGGAUGCCAUGGUGUUCCUGCGAGAAACCAUCAACGAACAGGAGGCGUUGUUGCGCCGCGCGGCCGGCGAUGGCCGGAAUGACGCUUCGGCCGCUAUGUUGAGCGCCUCCAUAAGCGCCCGAGUGAAGGCCCUCACCGAACACCUGAAGUGCGUCGAACAAGGUGCGCAUCAGGAAGUGAACCGUUUAAGCGGCCGCCUGUACGAACAGUCUGCUGAGCUGGAACGAAUGAAGAAGACAUACGAGAACGAGAUCAACGCACUGAACAACGCCCUUCUCCAGAAGCAGAGCGUUAUAGACUCGAUGGACGCAAACCUGGAGAGAUAGCAAUGGUGCCCAUGCGCCGCUUUUUCUUCGUCGUGGUGCCGUAGUCUUAGUCAGUACAUAUUAAGAAGGGUAUAAAUAGAGGUUGUAAUAAUAUUGGAAAAGCCAAAUAAUAACUAAAAUAAUAUCUAUAAUAUAUAGCUUUAUAAAAAG